CCGAGGUUUGUCCCUGGCGGGCCGCCGUCCAACAUGGCGGCCUUCCCUCAGCACAAGGCCCAGCGGCUGGGGCGGGCGGACGGCAGCAGGAAAGGCGGCUUGGACGAAAGGGCGGCUGGCGUCGUGCACCUUUUGAACGGGCGGACACAGUUUUGCACCACCAGCUCCUGCUCCGGCCGCCUGGUCCUGGCGCAGGGCCCCCCCGCGGAUAUAAGCAGCGGGGGGAUCCCGAAGAAAAACUGUACGUGGCUCAUGGUAACGCACGAGUUGUGUAGCAAAGGUGAUGUGAUGACAGCACUAGAGAAAGCCACUGGUGACGUUGUGCUCAAGUUUGAACCAUUUGUUCUUCAUGUGCUAUGUCAAGAGCUGCAAGAUGCACAGCUUCUGCAUUCAGUGGCUAUCGACUCUGGAUUCAGGAACUCUGGUAUUACAGUCGGCAGAGGAGGAAAAAUUAUGAUGGCUGUCCGGAGCACGCAUUGCUUAGAAGUUCCGUUGAGCCACAAGGGGAAAUUGAUGGUCUCCGAAGAAUAUAUUGAAUUUCUGAUACAUGUAGCUAAUCAGAAAAUGGAAGAAAACAUAAGGAGGAUUGACAGAUUCUACACACACUUGGAGUCAGCUUUGAAAACUGCCGCCAGCGCAGACCACUCUCCCCGUGAGGAGACAGGGAAGAGUCGCUCUGUGUACACUCGCAGAAGAAAGAGGAAGACCAUUCAAGAACGAGACGUAGAUGCCUCUCCAAAGGAUCGCAAUGAGGAAUUGGAGCCGGAGGAUGAUUCAGAAAGCAAUCUGGAUAUUUUUGCUGAAAUCACAAUAUAGACUAAGGCAUUUGAAAGCAAAUGGCAAACUGAAUAAUUAUUGUAAUGCUCUUUGUAAGAGAUAUAAAUAUUGCUCUGUUCUAAGUAGUAACACUGUCAUGGACGUUUACCAGAAAAACAGGUUAAUUAAACAGAAUUGCGAGCAGGUUUAAUGCCACAGAAGCACAAAGAACAAAACCUUACAAUGUUUUGGGGGUUUCUUUAACAGCACUGUUGAAUUAACAGUCUUUUACUCUGUCAGUUAUCACAGAAAUAACUGGUUUGCCUUUGGCCAUGUUCUCUGUGGAAGCAUUUCACUUCCAAAUGCUGGGUUUGGGCCUUCUGAUUUUUACAGAGCAGAGAAACUCUAAAAACUGGGUUGUUGUCCUUGAAGGUUCUUAAUCCCUGUAGGACCUCUGCAAGACUGUGCCCCAAUAUCGAUGGCCCUUUCAGAAUGGCACAAAGCCAGGUAUUCUGGCUUCACCAGAAGCAGACUGGUGCGACGCCGAGACCGGAGGAGCAGAAGGUACGCGCUGCUCUGCCAGCUCCAGCCGGGCGCAUCCAGGAUCCGUCGUGGCUGUGGCGCUGGGCAGCGAAGCUGAUGCUGGUUUUGCUGUUUUCCUACGUUUCGCUCCAUGUCGGGCUCCAGCCCCGCUGUGUUUGUGUGUUCUGCUUCCCUCGACCGGACACCAUUAAGUGUUACUGUUCUUUGCAUCUGUUAGCCAGCGCCGUGUGCUGCUGGUUCGUUAGCACACGGACUCCGUGGGGUUCGUUAGCGCGCUGACGUAUCGCUCUGCGGCCAGCACCCAGUUCAGUUCCAGCGUUGGGCAGAAAGGCCCCCAAGGUGUGCAGUAACAGGCUCCCA